AUGGCUUCGACCCAGCAAAAUGGGAGUCAGACUGCGCACAACGGCCAUGAGAGCACAUCUGUUGCGGAGAAAAUCAUGAGCCACAGCUCCAAAGGCCCUGCCGGCGGAUUCGAUGACACGCCAAUCCCCAGCGCCCCGCCCGGCUUUACCCUCAAAUUCACAGUCCACCGGGCGCAAAAUCUCCCGCUGGGGGAUUUUAGCUCUUUAUCCUCAGACCCCUAUGUAUUGAUGAUUCUGGGCACGGCUCUGCCGCGUCGGCAUAAACAGGAUCCCGACUUGACUUUUCGGACUCCUACUGUCAGAAAGGACAUCAACCCCGUUUGGAACUGCGAGUGGAUCGUGGCCAAUGUCCCGGCAUCCGGGUUCAAUUUAAAAUGCCGCGUAUAUGACGAGGAUUCGGCCGAUCACGAUGACAGGUUGGGCACAGCUUAUAUUGAUGCGGACAGUAUCGAUGAGCACUGGAGCGGUUUCAAGGAGCAGCAUUUUAAGGUCCGGAAAAAGACCGGAAGUAAUAGGGCGUAUCUAUUGCGGUCCAUCGCCGCAACUGUUUCCAAGAAUUUCAGUUCAAAGGGGGAGCUUAUUGUGAGCGUUGAGUGUCUGGGUAAAACCCCAGGAGAUAAAGGAGGCCAAAUCUAUACAGUUGGGCCGAAUCACUGGACCCGCCAUUUCUCCCCCAUGAUUGGGAGGCUGGUUGGGACCAAAGAUUCCGUCCAGUCGUCGACAGGCAACAAGCCCACGACCAGGUACAAUUUUCAAGCCAUUCAAAUCCAACUGGCAGGGCCAGUGCCGUCGAAACUUUACCAUCGAUAUGUCGAAUUCAAACCCUUUGUUGCCGGGAUGUUCAAUGCUCGAAUUUCUCGAAUUCGUACACCUAUGACCCAAGGUGGCAGGAUCUUCACUUACGUUCUCACUUGGGACGGACAAUGGCGAUUUACCGAAACAGGGAAAGAGUUUGGAAUUGACUUGCUGAGCAAGCACACCAUGCACAGUAACGUCUCGAUCUAUAUCGCUUAUUCCGGGGAGUUUUUCAUCCGCCCAAUUCACCACCGUCACCAUCACCAUCACCAACAUCCACACAAAAGAAAGACCGUCAACCCGCUCGCGCUUGAUGGACUCGAUGCAGAUCUUGAUUCGGUGGCAAACGGUAACGAGGCCGGAGAUCUUGUCGUUGUGUCGACUGACCCAGCCGACUAUGAACUCAUAAUCGACAAUGAUAGUGGCACAUACCGCCCAAAUGCCGAUUUACUACCAUUGUUGAAAGAAUUUAUGGAGAAGAAUCUCCCGGGGCUUAAGGUGACCACCCUUGAUUGCCAAAAAGAUGCGGAGAAGAUGGGUAAAUUGAAAGAGGAGCAGAGGGAGCGCAAGAAAGCGACUGGUCGGCAUAUGGCAUAUUUACAACGACGACUAAGUUCGUCAGGAUCAUCACUUUCUAGCUCAGACGAGGAAGAACUCGAGCAUCGCGCGACUCAAGUACCGAAACACAGGAGCCCACUCUCCCAAAGGUUGCACUGGGUGAUGGACCCCAAAGCGAGAUACAAGGAAUGGGUGGUGACUGGCCAUGUUGAUCGUCCUCCAAUUGCACGGAGACAAAGUCACACUUUACCUAUGAAUGGAAACGAUCCCGCAACAAGGGCAGAAGCAUCCUAA